AUGUUCGACUAAGAUUUCGUAUAUUAGUACAGGACCAAAAAUACCUUGAUCAAGGAAGGGUAUGCUUUUGCGAUUUCUACACAAUGGUUUAGAUAAUUUAAUAGUUUCUUAUAAAAUCCAAAUGGAGUUAAUAUUAGUAAGAUUGGAGAGAUUAACAAUACAAGCAUAUGUGAUCUUAAUCACUCCUUUUAAGCAAACGUUGAUGGAUAUUCAAUACCGUAAUAACAUAGUAUGACAUUCUCACGAAUUUAUUAAUUGAAAUCUAAUGUUAAGUAUGGUUAGGAUUACGAAAUUAUUUCAAUAGAGAUUUGGAACUAUCUCAAAUUGUAUUAUAACGCAGAUUAUGAUGUGAUUGUGUUUGUUACUCAAAUUCUCCCAAACUUAACAAAUUAUUUUACAUGUGAAAAUUUAGAUUAGGGUGUUUGCAUUUGCACUGAAGUGUUUUACCUUGUAUUGGUGGUUGUACAGCCUCAUGAUAAGGGUCUAAUGAUGGCCAUUAAAGUACCAGCUUGUCCUUGGGUCAAAUUUGAUAAAUUUAGAACGUACAUCUACGAUAUGUUAGAACAAAAAAUCAAUCCAAAAACAUUCAAUAACAAAGCGCAUAUGUAUUACAAUGGCAAAAAGGUGCCAUUCAAAGGCAAUAAGACCUUACAAGAAAUGGAAAUAAAUAAGGAAAUGCAAAUAAUGAUUUCGUGUCAAAGCCUGACUAUUGGAGAAGUAGAGGAAGAAAUAGAAACCGACGAAGACGAAGAUGAUUAAGAAACUGAAAAAAAUUUACAUACCAAGCAGGAGUUCUUAUAAAUAUUAGAAUAAGCCUUGAAUCAGCAACCGACUGAAUUGUUGACACUUAAAUCUAUCUAAGAAAUAUAGGAAUGUCUAGAGUAAAAUGAUUUCUUUUAAAUUUGAAUUUAAUUAAUAAAUAAACAUCCAUUGCAGCAUUA